CAUUAUUAUCCUCUCAAAAAAGUAACAUAACCUUAGUGCAUAAGGUAGUGCAUCAAAACAUUCAACAUCAUAACUUAAUUUAUCAAAUAAACUAUAAAAUGCUUAUUAAACUGAUACUAAUAUCCUAGUGUUUCAUAAUGAACGGUUUAAUAAGCGCAGAUAUUAUUCAGAACGACGUUCAGGUACAGGAAUAUCUCUUAAACUCAUUUUUACCUCAAUGUGAGCCACUUUAUUCCGAAGUUGAUGCUACCUGGACCCUUGAAAAUGUCCCAAUCUACCUCUCUGGGACACAAACACUAUCCCUACAACACCCAGAAGAGAAUUUGGAAAAUGCCACAGAAGUUGACAGUGAGUCAACAAAUCUAAAUGCAAUUACCUCCAGUAUUUAUCUGCCAAAUGUACCCAAUAGUAAAAUACAAGUUUUGGAAGAGAACUUUUUAAAUAAUUUUAAUAAUCAAAACCAGAAGUUAGUUGUUAAUGACACCACUACUAGUAUUAAUGAUCAGAUUGAGAUUGUAUCUGCACACAAAUGCAAACUCUGUGGUCAAUUAUUUGAAAGAUAUGAUACAAUCAUAUCUCAUAUACAAAAUGCACAUCAGGCACAUACUAAGCUGAAGAAAGAUGAGGAAACCAAGAAUUUAUACUUGUGUGGCAAAUGUGAUGAAAAAAGUGUUGCUUAUGAGAAUAUUGAACAACUUAAACUGCAUAUGAUUGUUAGUCACAAUUUAGUUGAUAAAGAAUCAGAGCAAUCAGAGAAUACAACUGAUGGUGAGCUACUCAAUGAUGAGCUUCUAAAGAAAAUGGUCCACAAUCAUGAGACAGCUGAUAAAAAAGUCAAGUGUAUGAUUAAAGGCUGUGAUAAUAGCUUUGCAAGCAAAGAAACCAUGCUAAAACACAUGGAAUAUCACACGGAGGGCAUGAAGAAGCGUUUCAAAUGUUUAAAAUGCGAUAAGUUGUUUUUCAUUUGGAGGACGUGCCGAGCACAUAUUUGGAAGGCGCAUAAAAUCGAUGUUGGCCUGUAUGAAUGCUCAAUGUGCAAGUCAUUCAAAUGUCUUGCUCCAUAUGAUUUGUUGGUACAUAUGAAAAUUCAUAGUAAUCCUAAGAAUUUCAAACCAUUUCUAUGUUCGACGUGUGGAGAGCAGUUUAAUCGUAUGGCAGAGUUACAAAAUCACUCAAACUCGCAUGUUAAAGCGAAAGCCUGGGACGUAAACUGUCGAAUUUGUGAUAAAUCGUUUGCAAACUUCAAGUAUCUUAAGAGGCACAUACAGUCAGUACACGAUCAAUACAAACCGUUCGUUUGUAAUAUUUGUGGGCAUAAAUGUGCGAGAAAAUCAAUGUUAGACUUACAUUUGAGGCAACACACUGGCGAGAAACCUUAUAAAUGUGAACUUUGUGAUUUUAAAACUGGCGAUCAUAAUUCAUUCAGAAGGCAUGGCCUACGACACUCAGGGUUAUCGAAUUACUCAUGUCAAUAUUGUAAAUACGUGACAAUCCAAAGCAACGCGUAUAAGUUACAUAUGAAAAAGAAACAUCCAGGUAAAGGAGGCUUCUUUAGCUGUGCAACUUGUCCGUUUAACAGCGUUAAUGAAAAAUUAUACCAACAGCACGUUGAGAAACAUAAAAGAGAAAAACCAUCAUCUCCACCUUCAGAAGAAAUAGCGAUCCUUGAUAAAACAAAAGACUCAACAGUGCCAAACCUCGAAGACGAAGAAACGCAAAUAGGUCUGUUUGCAGAUCAUCUAGAAGACACAGUAGAUACUGGAGGAAUUACAAUCCCAGCUGUGGAAACUAACUCAACCUAAACGAAAUUUUAUAGAAUAUUUUCUGUAACAAGUUAUGUUUUAUUCUGUGUGUAAAAGACCAAUAUUUCUAACAUGUUUGAAUUGUGAAUUCUUUUUUAAGAGAUGAACUUACAUUCCGACAAUAGGCUUCGGCCGAUGUUUGAAUAUAAUCUUUUUUGUAACUAUAGUUUGUACAACAAACUCAGUAUCAUCGUCGGAUUUUUCCCUUUUAAGUAAAGCCAAAGGAUGAUCCAGCGGCAUUUCCUUGCCAAGCAACAAAUGAUGACCGAUAAUCAACAACGGCGUUCCGGUUUUUGUAAAGUGCAGAUCGCCAACGUACUGAGAUUCAUAGGAUUCAUCUCCGCUUGAUUUCAAAUCACCCUGGAGUUCGAUGAUGGCGUAUGAUGAAUCCAAUUGAUCCGCA